AUGGCGAGUAGCAGCGUCCAGUUUGCCAAGCUGAAUGGAGAGCCCAUUGACUGCGAGGUUCCCGCUGGCUGCACUGUGCGCGAGGCUACUCCACUGGUCUCGCGAGCCCUGGGAGGCUAUGAUCGGCUACACUUCGUGACUGAGUCGGGAGUGAUUUUGCAGAAGGAGGAUGUGCUUCCAGAAGAAGGCGUUUUACAGGUCCAGCGGGUGGCCAUGGCCGAAGGGACCUGGUCCAAGCUGUACAGAAGUGCUGUGCAAGGCUUUGACGAAGAGCGUUUGCGCGACAGCUUGACCGAGGCUUGGCCGGGGGAGCUCAAUGGCCAUGGCACCCGUAGCCGUAAUUUUGAAGACUGGCAAAAAGAGGUCUUCGAGGUGAUGACAGAGGCAGCUGUGAAGUCGGAAGGAGACUGGAUAGACUACUGGACCUUUGGGCACGCUGCCGGCAGCUAUGGCGACUGGUAUACGCGCCCACCGUACGAAACCCGGGAGCCAUCGGUGAACUUGAUCUUGAACGACGUGAAAAGGUGGCAGAAGCUCAUCUUAGACCUCGAACCAGAUUUCGCCGAAUUGCGGUCGAGGACUGCAGGAAUGGCCUUGGGUGAGCAUCUGGAGGUAGCCGUGGCGAGUUUGCUUCGGUACUGCCCUGACUUCACUAGCAACGUCCACUUCCACGUUGGCUUCGAGAUGUGGUAUCAGCCGUUCUCCGAGUUGGUAGGAUGGUACUUGAGCUCCGUGGGUUUCGACGACGUCAAAAUCCUCGAGGCUACGGAGAAUGCCAUAGUGGGCUUCGACAGCUACAGUGUCCCGCGAGACGCAGCAUUCCUGGUGGCAAAGCAAGUUGGUACGUCCUUGGGGUUCGCGCACGCAAGGCUGGAUUCCACGAGCGAGUGGGUGGCAAUUCGCUCUUCGCUGGAAAACCUGGAGAUCAAGCAGAGCCUGUCGGAGCUGCCCUUGUGUGAGAAGGACAGCCACCUGCUGUUCAUAAACAGCGUCGAUGCGUCACGCGAUGCCUCGCGGGCUGAUAACCUGCGCCAUGCCCUGUCCCAGUGCCGAAAAGAUGCGGCGACUGGGGACGCGCUGAAAUUCGCGCAUCUGCAAAUCUGGCAGAAUUACUUGGUCCCAUCCACAUCGCAACGAGCAGCUGAAGGGGGCGUCCCCUUCCGCAAGCACGAUGCGUACGCGAAGAGAGGGCGAGAAUGCUAUCCGAUCGAUCGUGGCACGGAAGCCAGGUUUAAGGAACUUCUGGAGCAAGCCAACGAUGAAAGCAAAGCGCUGGCACUGCGCGCAGCACGUGCCUACCUGGAUGUGUGUUUCUUUCAUCCCUUUGACGAUGCGAACAGCCGAAUGGCGCGGCUAGUGUUUGACUUCAUCCUUGCGCGCGAGGGGGUCGUGCUCCAGACGGUGGAUCCGGUCUUCCUUUUCGGAAAGUCUGCAAAGGAUGGCGUUGGCGCAGAGAAGUUGGUCGAAGUCGUGUCCAAGCUGCUGUGCCGAGCUAGAGACGGCUGGAAUGCAGAGCUCAACGAUUGGGAGGCGAAGAACCCCUUCCCUGGCUUCCGGGAGCUCAGUAAGACAACGUGGUUCGCAUGCAUGGGCUAUCCUGAGGACGUGCCACCGUGCUACAUGCGGAAUGCGACAGCCAUCCCUUCCGAGAUGCUGAUUGAGGAGAUGAAGAUGGGCGAGUUUGUUCUUUCUAAGACACGAGAGCUGCUCAAGCAUGAAAUCCACGGCCGGGGCAGCAGAGGGGUGCAGCUGGUGGAUGUGUGGGAUGAUUGGCUAGAUCAGUUUCGGGCCAUCGAUGUGCAGCCCCCCAGCGCGCAGGAGCUCAGGCUGAUGUUCAAGGCCUUCGGCGAUGCCAAGGAUCGCUGGAAGAUCGAUGGUGCCACCAUGAAGGGCUACUAUCUGCACUCGGAAAGCGGCUACCUCUACAUCUGGCACCAAGCGACCGGAGUUCUCUAUGAGCAUCUCCAAACUAGUGGCCAAUGCCAGGCUGUUUGGUCGUCAGCUGUCCCGCAGCUAAAUGCUGAGAUCUGGACAGUGCUUCCGCUGCCGCCGACAGAUCCGGCGAGCAUGCAGGCGAGCAGCGUGGCAAACGGCGAGCUGCCAAACAUCGACGUCUUCGUGAACCUCACCAUCGCGCAUGAGGCCGACAAGCAGAUCCCAACAGAUUUGCUGCAGGCGGCCGUUGAAGAGUUCACCACCCGGUGGGAGCUCAGACCCCAGGCUGCGCGCAGGAUCACGAAGCUGCCCCCUGCAGGGCAGUGCUUUGCUCUUCAGAACUUCCGCGGCGAUCCGCGCGGGGAGCUGACCAACUCUGAGGCCCUCGAAUCAUACGUCGAGAUGCUGCGACGAUUAGAAUCACCGCCCUGGGGCAACAGUGCGUGCACCCUGCGCGUGGAGUCGACUGGAGCCAUUAUCGGCAGGUGCUGUCCAGACUUGGACGCUCUUUGUCGCGAAGAUCCACCGGAGCGGCUAGCCCAGGCGCACUGCAAGAUCCGAUCCGAGAAGGAUCGCUUCUUCCUCUGCGACAUGGAGACGACGGACGAGGGCACCAUGCUGGACGGCUACGCUGUGAACAGCGACUGGGUCGGCCCUUUGAAAAGCGGGAGCUUGAUCACCUGCGGUCCCCUGAGGAUUAAGAUCCAGCUGAGCGAGAUGGCAAAGGACACUCCCCUGGAUUCUGUUGCCAUGCGCGCGCUGAAGCGCUCGGCGGAGGGGGAUUCGGAUGAGGAUGACCCUGAAUGGCGGCGGAAGGUGUUCCAGCGCACGGAAGAGGAUGCCCAGCUUGCCUGGGCCAAGCGCCGGGACCAAUACAAGGAUCGUGCCGAAGAGCGGCGGCAGCGACACAGUAACAGUGGUGCGGCCAUCGACACGCUCGUGAACAAGUUCGAAAAGAUCGUGGAGGCCGAGCGGGUGGCUGCAGAGGCCGAGGAGGCUCGGGUGGACAUGCCCAUGCAGGAGGCUCAUCGCGAGGCCGGCAUGAACGUGGACGGAAGCUUCGUUGGAUUCGGCAACACCGAGCGCGCGGGCAUUGGCUUCCAUAGCUCGGGGAGUGCUGAGCUGAUCCCCAACGUGCUUGAUCCGAAGUCGCUGUCGAGACAAGAUUCUUCAAAACUGAAGACUCAGCUUCGGUACCAGCAGGCGCAUCAGUGA